CACCGGUGCACUCUCUCCAGUGGUGCCGCUGCUUGCGCGAGAAAACUUUGGCAAUGCCUUAACGACUUUCGCCUGCUGACUGCAGCGCAGACUUUAUCCAAGACUGUUGCACAGUCGUGGGAACUUUCUGACACCACCCAGCCCUUACUCUAUGUGCUGGAGACUUUAUUAGAGCUCUACACUAGUGUUUGUCGGACAAAUGAGUUCUAGACGAUCGGGAGUAUCAAAGCGUUUUAUAAUUGGUCAGGACUAUUAUUUCCUGUCUAAAGGGCCAAGACGAUUGUUCGCAUGUAUACAUACAUUAUAGCGUAAUGUUAAUAGGAAAAAGCUGUGAGGUAGCAGUGCUUAGGUUGAAUUUGGAUUCUUUAGGGGGAAAACAGAAAUAAGCCACGUUCAGUAAAAAAAAAAAAAAAAAAUCAAAUAAUAGUAAUUUCUGCAUUCUUCUGAGAAUACUUCUUCUGUCGUUACCUUGACUCGGCAUGCCUUGGAUUAACAAGUUUUUGUAGAAGAAUUUCUUGAUGACUACUGAAAACUGGAAGGAAUUGAAAAAAGGCAAAGAUACAUCGCCAGAUUGAAAUUAAGAUUGGGAAGUGAUUCGGGAAGCUUAGGACAAGUCUUGUCGUCAAGAGCAGAUCACUCGCAAGUUCACUGAGCAGCCAUUGGUGCAAAUUCAACGCGCGGUGCCCUCCGCCUGCGAGCAGCUUGACUGAGCAACUUCAAAAGACUAGCUGGCUUCAAAGGGCAGACAAGCUUGCAAUCUCAUCUCGGAGUGUUUGACGGCAAGGCGUGCGCAGAGCAGACGAUAUGCCGGGUCCUGACGACAACCAGGUCAGCCCUGCUGACGCCCCGCUUCCUCCACCUCCACCAUCCAGCACUGCUGACGCCGAGGCCGGCCAGGCAGGUCCCCCCCAGCAGCCCCCGCCGCCGCUGGAGCAGGGAGGAGGAUGCUGCAAGCACAGGUCGCUGCUGGAGAAAUGUCUCCUAGUCUUCUUGCUCAUCAUCUUCCUUCUCUUCGUCGCCUUUCUCAUCGGGUUCGUCAUCCUGUACUACUGGCGCGGGAACCACGACUAUUUUGCACUAAAGAGUCCUGCGUGAAGUCUGCCUCUCGUGUGAGCGUGUUCAUGGACCGCUCCGUGAAUCCCUGUGACGACUUCUACCGGUUCGCCUGUGGGGGAUGGGUCAAGGACAGCUUCAUUCCAGCCGAUCGACCGGAAGUGACGAUUUACACGCAGAUGGAGGAAGAUGUGCAAGUCACGCUCAAAAAGCUUCUGGAAAUGGAAGAAGCUUCAAAUGAACCUGCAGCAAUACAGCAAGCCAGAGCAUUCUACGCUUCGUGUCACGAUGAAGAUCAACUCGAAGACAUUGGACGUGAGCCGUUUGAUAAGCUGUUGGCUCAAGUUGGCAAAUGGCCAAGUCUUGACUCCGCCUGGAACGACACUGAUGUGGAGCUUGAAGAGCUGCUGCUGUCUUUAUCGCGAGUUGGCCUGGAGCCAAUCAUUAGCAUCCAAAUCGCUCCGGACCCCAACGAUCCGUCAGUUAAUAGGAUAUACGUAAGUGAAGGCAAACUGGGAAUGGGCGCAGAAAGCCGGGAGAUCUACCUGAAGGGCAGGCAUAGCCGAGAAGUUCGCGCCUACCAUAAAAUGUUAAGACAACUCCUUAUUGAAUUAGGAGUUCACUCCCUUGAUGCAGAGUCUGACGUGGAGGAAAUCGUGGAACUAGAGUCACGUCUGGCUAAUAUAACAGUUUGCCCUUGUGAGGGGACGAAAGGGUACAAAAGUACAUCGAUAGAAGAGUUAGAGAUCAUGUAUCCUAUGUUCGACUGGAGCGCCUACAUCAACGGACUGAUGCAUUAUGGCAGCGCACCGCCACAGGUAACUCGCAGCGAGAAGAUCAUCAUUACGUCCCCUUCCUUCUUUCAGAAACUCUUUCCGCUUCUGGAGACGACGCCGACCAGGGUGAUGGCCAAUUACCUCAUGUCCAGUCUCCACUCACACAUGAAGCACUUGACAUCUCGCUUCCGACAGAUCCUGCUCGACUUCCAGAAGGAACUCAAGGGCAGUAAGUCUCAGCGCACCCGCUGGCAAGAGUGCGUGGCCUUGACAGAUGCUCUGUUUCCAGAGGUGACCAGCAGACUGUUUGUACAGAGUGCCUUUGGGCCUGACGAGAGGGCCUAUCUUGAAGAAAUUGUGGGAAACAUACGCAUUGCAUUUCUGGACAUCCUGAGACAAGCGGAAUGGUUGGGACCUGACAGCAAGGCAGCGGCCAUUGAAAAGGCACGCUCUCUAAAAGCUCGAGUUGGGUAUCCAGACAACAUCUUGGAAGACGAGUUCUUGGAGAACGCAUAUGCUGAGUACAAUAUGUCCAAGGAGACCUUCUUCCAGAACAUGCUACGUCUUACGUACCUCAGGAACCUGGCUCAGGUGAACAGACUCAGGCAACCUGCUGAAAAAAACAGCUUGUUCUCGGCGACUCAGGUGAAAGCCUACUAUAACCCCAAAGCCAAUGAAAUAGUGUUUCCUGCAGGCUUCAUCCAGCCACCAGUCUACGACAGCGUCUACUCUAGGUCCAUGAACUACGGUGGAAUCGGGUCUGUCAUUGGGCGAGAGAUGACUCACGGGUUUGACGAAGUGGGACGCGAAUAUGACAAGGCCGGCAAUCCACAGCGCUGGUGGUCAAAGGACGACCUUAAUGAUUAUGAAGAACAAACCGAGUGCAUCGUAGACCAGUACAGCUGUUUCCGGUGGAAACCAGCUCAAAUGAAUAUUGAUGGACUUCGAACACGAAUAGAAAAUAUUGCUGACAACGGAGGGCUAAGACAAAGUUAUAGGGCGUAUCGGAGAUGGGUUCAAGAAAAUGGGUUAGAAGAAAGGCUGCUUCCAGGUCUGAAUCUCACUCACAACCAAAUUUUUUUCCUCAGCUUUGCCCAGUUGUGGUGUACGAACGACCGUGAUGAGUACAAGAUUGAGAAGGUGAAGAGUCACGCUUUUGCCCCCAGUCCAUACAGGGUGAUUGGCACGCUUCAAAACUCUGAAGACUUUGCCACGGCCUUCAACUGUCCUCUUGGAAGCCGAAUGAAUCCAGAAAAGAAGUGCAGGGUCUGGUAGACUGAACAUGGUCAAGGACUUGUCUGUGAUUGAAAAAGAUCAUGGGUCAAAGGGUGAUUUCUAUCGAGGUAAUGAGGAUAGUAUACACAGCGACGUGUUUCUACGGGCGCGAAGAACAUACACGCAGGCGUGAAAAGCUGGACUGGCUACCUGGACUGGCAUCUCUGUCGGAAAGCCUUUAAUGUGGCACCUUCUACCAUGUAGUUGUGAAGUCAUUGCUGCCAACAUUGUCUGUCAACAUCUUGAAAGAACAUGUCUGAACAUUAUUGUUUUCUAUAACGGUCAUUUGCUUUAUGCUAAUUUACACUCAAAAGAGUGAUUUGUUUUCGAAAUAUUUUUUUACACUGAUAGAGGUUUAUGUUCCAUGAAUGAACUACGGCUUGCAGUCUGGUAGCCUCGUCCUGGUUCCAACUAGAAACCGUCGCGUAGUCUCUAGUCUCGCUCCUGCUGCUAGUCUAUUGCCUACCCUAUUUUAUACUCUCCUCCAAGCCUCAGUCUUUCCAUCAUGGUGAACUGGGACAUAGUUUAUUUUAUGUGUGUCUCGCAGUGCCUGUGAUUUCCUUAUUCCGUCCCUCUCUUCAGAAGGAAAGUAUCAUUAAAGGUUACAUCAUGAGCUUUUUGUAGCACGCAGUGUAGUUCAGAAAAUGCAGUCAAGUCUACAUUGUUUGCCUGUAAUUGCCCUGCCUCAACUGCUCAAAGUUUGAUCAGAUUUGACAUCGUAUGCAUCCACUACAUUCAAAAGUGUAUCUGUAGGUGCAGUGUGCUUUGGCAUCCCAUUCCGUUUCUUUUAAAGUGGUGUUAUUUUUUAUUGCCAUAAUGAAAAUCAUAAUCACUGGCAGGUUUAUAAUUCGAUUUUUCAAAUUAUUUUUAAUUAAAAUUUCUAAUUUGAAAUACAUUUGGAAAACAAAAUGAAAAUGCGGCGAAUCGAGCUAUUCUGAACCGUUGAUACCGAAACGCAAGCAUCUAAAACAGAGAAAGAAGACAAAUUUUAUUUUAAGAGCGGUCAAUAGGUCAUUGCGUCCCUUGAGUCUUUGACAAAAUUUAAACUAAAAAAAUAGAACAGAAAUAGGAAAUAAUAAGAACAUCACGGUAACAGACUGAAGACUAACUAUACAUACAGAAUACUAAGUACAGACUGAAUUCUGAAUACAGACUCUGCGACAGGGAGGAUGCUGUGGUCACACAUGUUAGCACGAUACCAUCCUCAAAGAAAAAUAAAACAACUUUGCUGACUCUGUGCCUCAGUCGAUGCUGGCAUAUACAAACCAAGAACAUCUAAGUGAUAAUGUUACACGAAGUAUCGCUUGCUUCAACAAAAACUAGUGUAGAAUGACUUCCAGCCACUCAUAUGUCUGCAAGAUGUCCCCCUAGCUGUCACUUUCAAAAUAUCUCCUUGUGUAUCAAAUGUUACACUUUAUUUCAGAAUCACGAACCUGACGAAGUCUUCAAUUGUACUUGAUUUUUUUUUUCAUGACUGUGUGUUCCAAGGAUCCGUAAAAUUCUAAUUUACAUUUCAAUGCUUGCAAGCAAUUGUGAUUUUUUUCACUAAUGAAUGUUUACGUGUGAUAUCUAUGGAUUGUAGUGUUUAAAAAUUGUGUAACGAUUUUUUAUAUAUCUAAAUGUAUAUAUUUCCACGAACGUUAAAAAGUCAGUAAAAUUUAUAUUGCGUGAACUUGGCAUUGAAAACUAAACGCAAAAAGUUAAUAUUUAUUGAAUAUGUUUAGUUAAAUAUGUGAAUUAGAAACUGCAACUUAUGACUCCCUCCGCUUGUGUCUUUACACUUCUUAGUGUGAUAACAUCUUAUUGUCAUUUCUUAUGUCUUUAUCGGUGUAUGUGCAUUUGUGUGCCACUGUCUUGAAUCCAGAAGCCUUUUUUUCAAAACUCACAGUGUGAGAUUGCGAAACUAAUUAUAUGACAUAUUUGCCAUCUAUCCUGAAUCUUCUCUCUAGUUAGUUGAGGUCAGUGGUUCACGGGAAAGAAGUUCGAUCUCUCUCGGACGAUUUCAUCAAAAUAGAGAAUUUGAAGAUGUAGUUGACUCGUUUCUAUAAGUUUAACAAUAAACAGAGAACCUUCAUGACAUGGAAGAUAGACACGAACUAUUUCACAAUGUUUGUGAGAAUUCUAUGUGUUCUAUUUAUAGAACUUUCCUUCGCGAAAAGUUGGACAGACUGUUGUGGACAGACUAGUAGUGUAGGGACUAACCUUUAAGAUUAUUCCCCUUCUGCAGAGCCAAGAGUUAGGAGCUCUUAAUUACCGUAUCAUGACAGUAAUAAUUAUGCUCUGUGCAUGAGUGAACAUUAGUGCGCGUGCUGUUACAGCAUAGCUCCAGCAUCAAUAUAGUUGUUGUACAAAAUAAUCUGUUAUAUACGAUGCUAUAAUUCUCUCUAGUCACCAGAACUGCCAGAUUUCUAACAUUUGAGAGGUUAAUAUUUUAAAUUAAAGUGCUAUUUCGUGAUAUAAAUAGAACAACUUGCUCGCUUCAGGCAAGACAGAAACCUAAGACCAGAAGCAUAACAUACGACUUACCGUUGGCUAAAUGGUUAACUUUUAGCAGUCAACUAAUCUUUGUAUCUGACUGCUUCGCUAUAGCAAUCCAGCUGGCUGUUAUGAACAAAGUGUACAUCUGGCCUUCAAGGUUUUUUCGAAAGGGCUCUAUAAGCUGCCAUUAGAAAUAUUUAACCGAUUAAUAUGUAUUCUUUAGAAAGUAAUACACGAAAGCUGUUUAACUCAGGAAGGAAUGACACAAUAUUUAUCUGUAUGCCUUCUAGCUAUGAUAGAUUGGGGUUUUAGUGCAUUUUUCAAACUUCUAACAGACAGACUAUCGAUUGUUUCGAUUAUUGUAAAUCUUACAACGCUCUAACAUCUAUCUAACAAGACACGCAUUGUAAACACAUACACGCCCCCUCUAAGUACAAACAUGUGCUAGAAAGACUUGUACGAACUCGGAUGUUUUAAAUGUACCAGAUCCUACUCUUACCCCGAGACAAUUUGUCCUGCACGGUAUUGUUUUAUUAACAGACUUGGGUCUGGAUUGUUAGAGUAAUACGCGGAGGCAAUUGUAGCUAUGUUACUAAAGAACUGAUUAAAAACUACUAAAACGAU